UAAGGUUUCCAGUCGCGGCGCGUCUUGCUCAGCUGCGGCUGAAAUACGGUGCGGGAGCAUCAAGGAACCGGUUCCUCGCCGGAGGGGGUGUUGUUUUUCUAGAAGCCCCCCCCCUUCAGUUUCAACUCGGAUUGUUGGAGAAAAACUCAAAGAAGAGGCGAGCUAUGGAGCGCUUUUGGGGUUUUCCACGACGCUUCCCCCUUUCUCAGGACUAGUUCUGCACGGAAGGGGCGAGGGGUGUUUGUCAUUUUUAAACUGCAACCCCCGAGAGCCCCUCGGCGCGUGGAAGUAAGAAGAAGGGCUCUCAGGAAAAAGAAACCCCAGGAAUUCUCCUCCUCCUGCCGGGAGCGAUUUUGCUUGGGGAAAACGUUGUAUCCCUCCCCCCUCCCCUUUGUCAUCUACGUUUGCCUGCAAGUUAAGAAGUUUGCAACUUGGGUUUCAUGGAGCUGCGAUUCCUGAUACUUUUGGGACUUACAAUUACAUCCAGCACAGGCUUCCCGCUGCCCGUCUCUCCCCCCCUGCUGCCUCCGGGUGGUGGCAUCAGUCGCGGACUGAGGCCUCCGGAGCUUCAGGAAAGAGAGAGUGAAGAAACUGAGACACCAGCAGGGGAGCUGUUGUCUUCCAGGCGUGGCAACACCGCUGGCGCGGGAAAAGAAGCUGGCCUGGGAGGAGGGCACCACCGAGCCAAGCGCUGUACGUGCUACACCUACAAGGAUAAGGAGUGUGUUUAUUACUGCCACCUGGACAUCAUCUGGAUCAACACGCCAGAGAGGACUGUUCCAUACGGGCUGACUAACUACCGGGGCAGUUUCCGCGGCAAAAGGUCUACGGGGCACCAUCGUACGAGUGCGCAUCCAUCAAAAUGGCCUCCGUCACGCUGCUCGUGCGCAGACAGAUGCGACAAACAGUGCAUGCAUUUCUGCAGAAGGGCCCAGGGCAGCCAAUGUAAUAAGGAGCUACUGAACAGCACGGCAGAAACGGAGCCCCAUCGGGAAAAAGACCUCAUUCCUACUCAGUAGCCCUGGAGAAUUCAGCUGCUUCUAAGUGGAGAGGGUGGCUCUUCAUGCUGUUUGGCAUAUGUGGAAACUCCACAGGCUUACGUCUUGGAAAUCGUCCUCUUUCCAAACCACGAAGUGUACUCCCUUGAUGUGUGAGCAGCUGGACAAAUCCUCUAUUAUGUAUGUCCAGUGACUGACAUUUCAUUGUGUUCUUUGCCGAAAAGUGUGAAGCGAUGACAUAAAACUCCUCCCAGGUGGACACUUGUGGCCGGGUUCUCAAACGGGUUACCUAGAAGUAGGUGUUACCUUUUCCGUGAACUGAUGCCAUCUGGAAGGUGGAGAAUUCUCCUUCUUGGACAACGUUGUACGGUACUGUUCUGGUGAGAGUCUUCUGCCAGCAUACAGAACACAGUGGCCAUUUCUGUCUGUUUGGAAAAAGAACUCUUUUUAUUGCUGUUUUAAGGUCCAAACAACCAACCCAACCCA